GCACCCGCGCUCCCGGGGGCCGGUCCCGCUCUCCCGGCAGCCAGCGCGCCCGCCGGCGGGCACCGUCCCCGGGGCGAGCGCGGAGGGGACACUCCGGGACCGGAAGUGGCUCUGCGGUUCCGCCUCUGAAAUCAGCCCGCCUUCCACCCCGCGGGCCGGACCUCCGGGCGCGGCGAUGUCGGGGCCGCCGGGGCCGCCGCGGCCGGGAGCCCGCGCCACCCUCGGCCUCGCCCAGGCCCACUUCGACCGGGGCGAGCACGCCGCGGCCGAGGCGCUGUACUCCGCGUACAUCCGCCAGUGCGCCUGCGCGGCCGCCGCGGGGGCGCCACCCGGGAGCGAAUGCAGCCCCGAGGACUUGGCCACUGCGUACAACAACAGGGGGCAGAUCAAGUACUUCAGGGUUGAUUUCUACGAAGCCAUGGAGGACUACACGUCGGCCAUAGGAGUGCAGCCUGAUUUCGAAGUUCCCUAUUACAACCGAGGGCUGAUCCUGUACAGGCUGGGAUACUUUGAUGAUGCUUUGGAAGAUUUCAAGAAAGUAUUAGACUUAAAUCCUGGAUUUCAAGAUGCGACUUUGAGCUUAAAGCAGACUAUGCUAGACAAAGAAGAAAAGCAAAGAAGAAACUAUUGAAAAAUUUAACUUUGAAAUAUUAAUUCACAAUCCAUACAGCUGGCGUCUCCCGGUCUCUAGUUUAAAGUAGGUGUUGAGUGAUUUUGAUUUAUAUUUAAGAUAAAGAGAUUCAUUCAUGAGCACUAAAAGUUAAAUAGUUGUUUUAAGGUAGUGAAUUUCAGAUUAAGUAUUUAUAAUGAAUAAGUGUGCUUUUUAUAAAGUAUAAGUAAUAACAAUGCAUAAUUGUAUAUGAUUACAGUAAAAUAUGUAAAGAAGUGUGUGAUAUUUUUAGUAAAAUAAUUUUUUGCUAUAUUUUUAUUCCCAAUUUUUUAUUUAUAAAAUUUAUAUCUAUAGAAAAGUUAAAGUAUAAUACAGUAAGCACUCUUUAGAUUCACUAGUCGUUAAAAUUUUGCUUCACACUUGCUUUUUCUCUAUUUUUAAAUAUAUAACAUUUUGCUGUACCAUUUGAAAAUAAGUUUCAGACACCAUAAUGCUUCCCAAUAAUAUUUUAGCCUGGAUCUUCUAAGAAUAGAGACACCCCCCUUUAUAGUCACAAUGCCAUUAUAAUACCUAAUAAAAUUAACAGUUCUAUGGUAUAAUUGUACCCAGCCUCAAUUCUAACUUUACCAAUUAUUUCCAAAAUGUAUUGUGCAGAUUUUUAUUUGUGGAUCUGGAGUUAAUCAAAUUACAUUGCAUUUUGUUAUGUC